UCUUCUCAAUGCUCACCCCUUUGCUCCUGUCCUUUCUCUCUCUCAGCACCCCAAACGACCAUACCCGCUGGGUACCCCCCUUGCUGUUUCUGCAUCUUUAAUGAGCCGACCGAUCGAAACCCACUUCCCCCCCCCUGUUCGCUUUGCUAUGGUUUAUUUCGGGCUAGCACUAGUAAAUAAUAGACUCAAACCAAGGCCUGUUGUGUGUUGAUGGGUCAAGGCUCUUCUUCCUCCGCUUCUUGGCCUGGUUUGGGUGCUGGCAUCGGUGGUAAAAGUCAUUUCUGUCAGAGUGCAGACCUCACGCUGACAUUACCAGACGAAUGCCUGGCAUGGGUUUUUGGUAAGCUUGGCUGCCACGACAGGAGCAACUGCUCCCUCGUGUGCAAGCGUUGGAGGCAUGUAGAUUCCAAGUCAAGGCAACGCCUGGCUUUAGUUGCUGGCUCUGACAUUUCUCCUUGGCUCCCUUCACUUUUCUCUCGCUUCAGCUCCAUCUCAGUCCUCUCCCUCAAAUGUUCCCGCAAGCUUGCCAGCAUCGACGAUGAUUCUCUGGCUCGCAUUCCCACCUUGCUGCCAUCUCUCAAGAAGCUCAAACUCAAGGGCUGCGUCGACAUUACUGACAACGGUCUCCGAGCCUUCUCGAUGCACCGCCCUCCUCUUCUCACUAAGCUCUCCUUUGUUUCAUGUGGGGUCGGUAGCAGAGGCAUCGUUUCUCUUCUUCUAAACUGCCCUUCCCUUAAAGAUCUCACACUAAAGCGCCUCCGCAAGCUUGACGCCCAGAACACUCCCCUGUUACUUCAGGACCAAGAAGAAGAAGAGCACCAGCAAUCCUAUUUCAGCAACAAAUUGAAUGCCAACAGUUGUUAUAGUCGUAAUAAGCUUGAGAGGCUGUGCCUCAAGGAUCUUCACAACGCUCGCCUUUUCAUUCCACUUCUCUGCUCCUACGCUCAGACGCUCAAGACCCUGAUUGUCUGUAGGAGUUCUGGCAACUGGGAUCCGGUACUGCUGGAGAGUCUUCAGACUCCUAGUAGCAUUAUGGAGAUACAAGUGGAGAACGUGCAGAUGGGGGAUCCAGGCCUCCUUGCCAUCUCCACCUCUUGUCCUCACCUCCAAGUGCUCUACCUCAGCAGGGCUACUGAUUGCACAGAUGAUGGAUUGUCUGCCAUCGCCAAUUCCUGCAGGCAGCUCCGGAAGCUGCACAUCGAUGCGUGGAGCAGGUUCGGCAGCCAGGCCAUUAGCGAGGCGGGCUUCUUGUCAAUUGCAACAAAAUGCCCCCGCCUCCAAGAGGUAGUGCUUAUGGGAGUUCCCAUCACGGUCUCCUCUCUUACUGUCCUCGCUUCUAGCUGCCCUGUUCUUGAAAGAAUGGCGCUUUGUAACACCGAUUCUGUGGGGGACAUGGAGAUGCAAUUCAUUGGUGCAAAGUUCACUGCUCUGAAGAAGCUCUGCGUCAAGAACUGCGCUAUCUCUGACUCCGGGGUUAAAGCCGUGGGCGAAGGGUGCCCGAGUCUAGUGAAGUUGAAGGUGAAGAGAUGCCGAGGGGUGACGCAGGCAACUGUCUCAAAGCUCAAGAUCAAGAGAAGAUGUUUGAUGGUUUCUGUGGAUUCGGGGUCCAUGCUGUUAGACGGGGAUGAAUUAGAUUUAGAGGAGGAAGGAAUGGUGCCAUCUGCAUUGCCAAACACAAACGCUUCUGGGAGUACAAGUUCAAGAACACAUGUCAUCUGCAGCAGCAGAGGUGCUCUCUUGCUCAGGUCUACGUUUGAGAAUGCUCUGCAACUUCAUAGGAGAAGAAGAUCCAAUUCCAAUGUACACAAUUUGCAUGUCAGAAUCUGAUACGCCUCCCCAACGCCUGCUGCUGCUGCUUCUCCUUCAUCUACUUAAUUGAUCGUCCCUAAAUCCUAAUGGUUGAACAACUUUCUCUUCUCUCUUAUUUCUCGUAAUGUAAAACUGGGUUCAAAGGUGAUUUUGAUUUGUUGUUCUUUCUUUCUAUUCUGCCUGCCAAUUUUUGUCAAUCCCAAGAUUUUUCCUACAAAUUGUUAUAAUUAUAGUUCAAUGUUCUGACAAUUCUUGUAUUAUUGUCAAUUCCCAAGAUUUGUUAUGAAAAGUGAAGUGAGACAUUUCUAAAACAUAA